AUGAUAGGUUUUCAAUGGCCGACUAUGUCAAUGAUUUUAAUUGUACUAUCAUUAAUACACAUUGAUGCAUCAAGUCAUCGAUCUGUUCGACAAACUACAACUAAUAUGUGUCCAGUUCCAGAUCUCCCGAUGUGUGAUUACGUUCAAUGUGCAAAUGGACGUUGUGUAGAAGAUAAUAAUAAUCCUGACUGUUAUCAAUGCCAAUGCUAUCCUGGUUAUACAGGCCAACUAUGUGAUGAAUCUGUUGUUAUACCAUCUGCAUGUAAUCCUGGAUGUCAAAAUGGUGGACAAUGUAUACAAACGCUUACAAAUACCUUUGUUUGUAAGUGUCCAACAGCAUAUACUGGUCAACAAUGUGAAACAUCUAUACCAACAACACAUCCGUGUGUGACAAUGUCGGGAUCUGUUUGCAAAAAUGGUGGAACAUGUACAAUGAAUGGAGCUGAUUACAUAUGUAACUGCCCAAUAGGAUGGACUGGAAAAAACUGUGACACACAAGAUAGUAUGUUUUUAAUAUUAUAUAAAGAAAAAGGAAAUGAAAUGUAUAUAUUUCUUAAAGCAAUCACUACAUGUGAUUCAAACCCAUGUGGAGCACAUGGUACUUGCACACAACAUAUUUUACUAACUGGACUUUUUGUGUCGUGUAACUGUGAAAAUCGAUGGACAGGCAAAUAUUGUGAUGUAAAUCUAGACGGAACAACGACAACAACAUCAACUACAACAAUAUCAGCUAAUAUGAAUAUCACAACAACCACAGCGUCAUUAUCUCGACCUUGUUCAUCAAAUCCAUGUUCAAACGGGGCAUCAUGUUUCAAUACUGGCAAUACUUUUCUAUGUUUAUGUCAACCAGGAUGGGCAGGUACACUAUGUGAUGUAUCAAGUACAAUAACAAUACAAACUUCAACUACACCAUCUAACAUCAAUCAUUGCUCUCCGAAUCCGUGUUUGAAUGGUGGUACAUGCUAUCGACAUGGUAAUAGCUACGUGUGUACUUGCCCAUCACAAUAUACAGGCUUAACAUGUGGAUUGGUUAAAACAACCACGGCACCUGCAAUCACUACACCAAAUACUGCAGUUACAUGUAACAAUCAACCCUGUCAAAACGGGGGUACUUGUUUUAGUGCUGGUAAUUCAUAUUUUUGCUAUUGUGGUGGAUUAAAUAGUCAGUAUACUGGUAAAAACUGCGAAACAAUAAGUCUACCACCAGCAACCAAUUGCCCAUUAAACUGUGCACCUGGCUAUUGUGUAAAUUCUGGUAGUAGUCAAAAUGCAUAUGCUUGUAUGUGUAAGGAUGGUACAAUGACUCCAACAAGUUGCCCAUCGACAUAA